UUGCUCCUUCAGGACAUGAACUUAAAUCAUAGGAUGUUGAGUUUGAAGCGUUUGCAUGAAAAAGUGAAUAUCAUUUCACUUAUUGCCAAAGCAGACACACUCACACGAGAGGAAUGCCAACAGUUUAAAAAACAGAUAAGGAAAGAAAUCCAAGAACAUAAAAUUAAAAUAUAUGAGUUUCCAGAGUCAGAUGAAGAAGAAAAUAAGCUUGUUAAAAAGAUAAAAGACCGUUUACCUCUUGCUGUGGUAGGUAGUAAUACUAUCAUUGAAUUUAAUGGCGAAAGGAUGAGAGGAAGACAAUGUCCUUGGGGUGCUGCUGAAAUUGAAAAUGGUGAACAUUGUGAUUUUACAAGUCUAAGAAAUAUGUUGAUAAGAACACACACGCAGGACUUGAAAGAUGUCACUAAUAAUGUACACUAUGAAAACUACUGGAGCAGAAAACUGGCAGCUAUGACUUAUAAUGGAGUUGAUAAUGACAAGAAUAAAGGGCAGCUUACUAAGAGCCCUCUUGCACAAAUGGAAGAAGAAAAAAGGGCACACGUAGCUAAGAUGAAGAAAAUGGAGAUGGAGAUGGAGCAGGUGUUUGAGAUGAUGGUCAAAGAAAAAAUUCAAGAACUGGACUCUGAACCUGAGCUCCAAAGGCACCAUGAGCAAAUGAAAAAGAAUCUGGAAGCCCAGCACAAAGAAUUAGAGGAAAAAUGUCAUCAGUUUGAAGAUGAGAAAGCAAACCUGGGAAGCCCAACAACGUAUUUUAGAACAACAGAACUAACUCUUCAAGGACCUUGGAAAAGAACAGAAGGGGAAGAUCUUUUAAAUCCUCAAUUGACCACCACUUACGUAUUAGUGGCCAGUAUGCCAGCUUGGACAUCUGUGUUUGUUGGAUCCGUUUGA